CUCUCGAGUUAACCAUUCAUAGACGUAACUCAUAGCAUAUCCCGUGAAGUUCUUUUCUCUACUGUUCUCUUCCCUUUUCUUCUCUUGUCUUCUACUUAAACUCCUCAUACUUAGCUUAUUUUUGCCAUAAGUAAUUAUUUUGAGCCAUCUUCUUUUGCAUGAAUGUUAUAGUUCUGAUAGAAACUUUUAAGUCAAUGAAUAACACGGUGACUCCGAGGAUGAAGAUCAUGUUCAACUUAGUUUAUGACAGAGGUUGAAAAAUCAUCGUUUUUGUCUGUGUUUUUUCAAUUUCUUCUCUUUUUUGUGACUUGUUUUCUUCUUGUCGUAAAAAAAAAUGGAUUUGGGUAAAGGAAAAGUUAAGAAAGGAUUGAUGAUCAAAACAUGGGAGAGGUGCAAAUCCUUCAGUGGGCUUGGAAGAAAAAACUCUUCUGGAAUUGGGCAUGCUCUUAAGAUGAAGAGCAAAUCAUGGCCUCAUGGCCUAAUAGGCCGCGCUGCCACCUCCGAUGAAAACCGAGGAAAAAAAUGUAAAGUGGCGCCGGAAGGUUGUUUCUCAAUCUAUGUGGGACCUCAAAAACAAAGGUUUGUAAUCAAGACUGAAUGUGUUAAUCAUCCUCUCUUCAAAACCUUACUUGAAGAGGCUGAAUCGGAAUAUGGAUAUAGUACUGAUGGCCCUCUUAUGCUGCCAUGUGAUGUUCAUAUUUUUGUAAAAGUGCUGGUGGAGAUGGAAUAUCCCGACGAGAUUAGCAGUCUGCAGGGAUGCAACUUUGGUCGGAGUCACAGCUCUUACCAACUCCUCACGCCACCGCGAAUUGUGGCGAUGAAUAAAUUUUAAUGUUUUUUGGCGCAAGUUGUAAAUGCCGUUUGUAAGAUCUUAAUCAUGUGUUCUUUUUAGAUGUAUUAUAAGCGUUUUCCAACCAGAGAUAAUGUUAGAGCAAUUGAGUAUCUGGUUUAUGUCAAAUUGAAGAUGGAUGGAAAAUUUCAUGCU